AUGGGGGUUCAAUUUGCUGUUCUAUGUAAGCAUCUGGGUAUUCCUCCCACUACUGAGCCACCGGAGUCGAGCGUAGCAGAGCCUCAACAACCACUUCUUCAUCUUACUUCAGGUAACCUUAUUUGUCAUCCUAAAAUCGUUUUUCCUCAUUUUGAUGGUACCAAUCCUAGAGGAUGGAUUAGGAAAUGUGAACGAUUCUUUCAGCUCAAUUCUGUGGAUAAUUUAAAAUGUGUUGACCUAGCUUUCAUUCAUUUUGAUGGCAAGGAUGAUUCAUGGUUCUUAGAUUACCAAGAGGGUAAACCAUUUCUGGAUUGGGAUAAAUUUGUUCAUGAUGUUUGUAUUAGAUUUGAGGAUGUUGCGUAUGAUAAUUAUGUGGGUAGCUUUAAUAAAUUAGCUCAAACAUCCACGGUUGAGGAGUAUUUUGAACGUUAUGAAGCUGUGAUGAAAGCUAAGCAUAAAGACCUUUCUGAGGAUUAUUAUACAUUAAACAUCAUUAGUGGUAUUAAGGAGGAGAUCCGUAAUCCAGUUCAAAUGUUCAAACCUGCCAGUGACACUGAUGCCUUUUAUCUUGCUAGAAUGCAACAAGAAUCUAUGGAAUUUCAGACUAAACAUUAUCGAUACAAUAAACCAUUUACACCUUCCCAUACUUUUUCCUCUUCCCCCUCUACUUCUAGACCACCACCUUCACCUUUGUCAACUAUACCUGAAAUCUCAUUCUCACCCUCUAAAGCUGAACCUCCUAUUCCACCUAUAAGAAGGUUAACUCCUUCUCAGAUGAAGGUUAGAAGGGAUAAAGGAUUAUGUUAUAACUGCGAUGAAAUUGGAGGAACUGAAGAGGACAAUGGCUCACAUACUUCUUCUGUGGAAUCUACCAUGGACAUCUUUCUUCAUGCCCUAACUGAAUUAGUGGCUCAAAAUACUAUCCGAGUCCCCGACAUGCUCUGUCACAAGGAUAUCUUAGUGUUGGUGGACACUGGAAGCACACAUAGCUUUGUGGAUGCUAGAUUGGCUGAACAACUGCAUCUCCACAUUCAACCCACUGGUCACAUGCUGGUCACCGUAGAAAAUGGUGACACUACAACCAGCUCAGGGGUAUGUCCUCAAUUAUCUUGGUCCAUGCAGAAUUAUGAAUUUUGUGGUGACAUCAUGGUCCUUCUCUUAGGUGGAUGUGAUAUGGUUCUUAGUGUAGACUGGUUAAAACAGCUGGGUGAUUUUCUUAAAAGCAAUACACCUACAUUAAUUGGCCAAUUUUUCUCUCUCUCAUCCAUCCAUGUUACUCCCAUUCCUUCAGCUAUUACUUCAAAACUGAAAGCUCACCAAGAUCUUUUUGCUGAGCCUAAAUAUUUGCCUCCUGCCAGAGCAUUAGGUCACCGUAUUCCCCCGAAGCCCAACACCGAACCUACUUCCCAAAGGCCUUACCGGUGCCCUUAUGUACAAGAAGUUGUGGUGGAAAAGUUAGUCCAAGACAUGUUGGAUGCUGGAAUUAUUCAGGACAUCAAUAGUCCAUUUGCUGCUCCAAUAUUAUUGGUCAAAAAUAAGGAUGGCUCAUGUCGAUUCUGUGUCGAUUAUCGGAGGCUGAAUGACUCAACAAUAAAAGAUAAGUUCCCUAUUCCCUUGAAGAAUUACUUGAUGAAUUAA